AAUCAAUGAAACGUCGAGUUACUUGGUCCUUCUACCGCUUAGCAUGAUGUUACUAAUCAUCAACAUACCGCAAACGAUAGAUCUCUACAACGUAUGGGGUGAUAUCGACUUGAUCGUCGAAAACUUGUCUCUGGGAAAUGUAACUGUCUUAAUAGCGGUCUUGAAGACGGCUAUCUUUUGGUUCAGUGGAGAAUGUAAUUCUAUUAGUGUUCUACUAUCUGAUAUGGAAGUGGAUCGACAAGAAACGAAUACCGAGGAAGAAGCGAGAAGAAUGAUGAGGAUCGCGAAAAUUUGCAGAAGAAUAUCCAUUGGAUGUACUUUAACCUAUUACGUAAUAAUUAUUCUUUUCGUCAUUCUGCAUCUUCUAUUAAUUCGUUACAUCGGUCGUAUUCUCAUAAUACGAUCGUAUUUCCCGUACAACGUACAAUCCGCACCGAACUACGAACUAACAAUUUUCGCUCAAACAUUGGCUGCGUGGUGCGUAGGCGGAGUUUACACGUCGGUGGACACUUUUGUCGCUACUUUGGUGUUCCAUGUAUGCGGACAACUUAAAAAUUUGAAACAACGUUUGCGCGAUUUGCGUUGUGAAAAAGACAAUGAAGAAUUUUACGUUAAAAUUGCUCAAAUCGUUAAGAAGCACGAUUCGCUGAACAGAUUCGUCAACACGAUAGAAAAUAAUUUCAACGAAAUGUUACUCUUGCAAAUGGUCGGUUGCACCGUGCAACUUUGCGUUACGUGUUUCCUAGCGCUUUUGGCUCUUGGAGGAAAUAAUGGUAUAAUAUUAGUUCAAAUAACGUUCUUCGCAUUUUACAUAGCAUAUAUUUUGCUUCAAAUCUAUUUGUAUUGUUACAUCGGCGAGGAACUUAUUUCAGAGAGCAUAGGAAUUAUGGACGCUGCGUACGAAUGUAAAUGGUACCAUUUAUCACCUAACGAAGCUAGAUUACUUAUGAUAAUAAUGAUUCGAGCAAAAGUACCACUUUCCAUAACCGCAGGAAAAUUUUGUUCGUUCAGUCAUAAACUUUUUUGCAACAUUUUAAGAACGUCGAUGAGUUACUUGUCGGUACUCCAUGCUAUGAAUAUCGGAAAUACGGAAUAAAAUUCUUCUGUGCAUAAAAAUGUAUUGCAUUUUGUUAAACAGUAAAAA